ACCAGAGUCCACCUCUCACUUCCUUUGUCCCUCCUCCAUCUGACUGCCCGUCUGUCUCCUCGGCCCUUUGCAUUUCUGUCUUCCAGCCGUGAACCAACCAUCACUCAGGAUGGACCCCAGACCCCCCAAACUGCUCCUACUUCUCACCAGCCUCCUGUAUCUGUGGCAAUGUGCCAGGGGACAGUCAUCUUACACUAUAGACACAGUUGUCCUUACAAUCCUACCUGGGAGCACAGUUCAGAGCGGGACGCCGGUGACCUUACGAUGCAAGGUCAGUGUCAGUCAUGAUGACAUCCCGGACCUGGUUCACACUUUCCUGCUCACAAGAGACGGCGUUGACAUCCACUCGAACACCACGACGGCGGACUCAGUUGAAUAUGAGCUAAACCCAGCCAGGGCGGCAGACUCUGGAAGCUAUGAAUGUCGAGUCACGGUCAAGGAUAAACGCAAAGCUAGCUUCAGCCAAAAACUGGACGUUACAGGCCUGCAAACUCCCAUCCUUUACAUAAACAAGAUGAGACCCUUUGAGAGCGAGGAGUUCACUGCUAGCUGCAGUGCUCCAGAGGAGAAAGGAUCCCUCAUUUUCCGGUUCUACCAGAGAUCGCAGAGCGGAGAGUCCCAGAAGAUCAGACAACUGGCGCCAACUGGAAACUCUUCAGAAACCACGCUCGUCCUGAGGGUGGUUGGAGAUCGCUUUUUGUACUGCGACUAUGAAAUAAAUUUGGUUUCUGGGAACAGACGCUCCAACCAAAGCAAUGACAUUCAAGUUAUUGUUAGAGGACUCUACAUUUCCCCAAUUAUGAACAUGCUGCCUUCCUCGAAUGUCUAUGAGGGUGAUGUAAUUGAAGUCACCUGUAGAGUCGUAAGUGAACUCCAGAACAUUGAAGUUUUCCUGGUAAAGGACCGGAGGAUCUUGAAGCAAGCCCGCAUGAGCCUCAGCUAUCGCUUCAGAGCACAGGAAGGUGACUCUGGAGAGCUGGUGUGCAAGGCCGAGUGGGGCAGUGUGCAGAAAGAAACUUACCGGUCCAUCACUGUCAAAGAGAUCUUUUCAAAGCCAACCCUGACUCUAAAGCAGGCAGAGCUGUUCGAAGGAGACCGCUUCAAACUGACGUGCUCCAUCUCCAUUUACCAUCCUGAUAAGCUCAACAACAGAAGCUUGGUGUUCAACGUCUACAAAGACAAUGUCAAGCUCACAAGUGAAGAGACGUACAUUUCAGUGGCACACCCUCAAAAAAACGGAAACUACAGCUGUAAAGUGCAUGCAUCUUCUUAUUCGGGGGGCAAUUUUAUUAAAGAAAGUCAAUCGAUUGUUGUCAAAGCAAAAAUUCCUGUUUCUAAGCCUACGCUGCGUGUGGUCGGGGAUACGCUGGUGCUUGGCAGGCCCUUCCAGCUGCUAUGCCACAGUGACAAUGGCACGCUGCCUUUUGUCUACACCCUGAACGUCCCAAACAGGCAACCUCAGCGCAGGGUGGUGAGCAAACCAGAGGAACGAGCCAUCUUUAACUGCUCAGGCAUCAACAAGGAGUCAGAAUUAAACAACAUCAAUUGCCAUGUUAAAAAUGGUCAACAACGACCUGUUGUGUAUGGCUUAGGACAACAGCUGCCUCGAACGACCAACAUCAUAGUGCCAGUGUCAGAGCCUGUGCUGACUAUGCUUCCCAGUGCUGGAGAUAUCUCUGAGGGGCAGGACCUGACAAUAUUCUGUUCUGUACAAAAAGGAACUCCACCUUUUACCUACUCGUGGUACCACACUCAAAAAGAGGACGCUGUCUUUUCCGUGAACUCCAUGAAACUAGAGGGAUCCUUCAGGAUCAACAGCAUCAAAGGCGAGGACAGAGGAGGAUACUACUGUGAGAGCACCAACCCUGCUAACAUAACCAAACAGAGUCAGACUGUCAUGAUUGGAGUAAAGAUGGCAGGAUGGAAGAAAGGUCUUAUCGCAGUCUUCUGCCUCCUGGUCCUAUUCGCCUUGCUCCUGAUUUUCGUCUUUAGGAAACGUCUCCUUCAGUUUAAGAGGAAGAGAACUGCUGAGCUGUCAGUGAAGUCAGUCGGCACCAAAGUGGAGCGACUGAGCCUCACCCAGGCUGAGGUCAAUGAGGCUGCCAAUGUCACUCCAGGCAUCAUGGGAAAGAGCAUUUGGAGCGAACAUGUAUCAGGAUCUGAAUCUGAUGACCAGAACAGUGUAACAUCUCCAGAGAAGCAGGAGCCUCGGUAUACUGAGGUGCCGACCGGACAGGAGGAGCCCAGCAAAGUUGAAACUGUUUUGGCACCGGUGGAAAAAAUCUCAAAUAAGAUGAGCAGCGAAGUCCGCAACUCCAUACAAGGUGUUCCAGAGCAGGCUGAUGGUCAAGGGUCAGUGGAGUACGCACAGCUGAAUCGUGAAGCCGAUCACCACUGCAACCAAAGUAACCAUGUUGAGCACAACGCCCAGGAGGACCCCACGGACGAGACUGACCACGGUGUGACUGACAACAGCAAUGACAACAACACAGCCGAACAGGAGGAAUUGAUAAACGACCCAACACCAGACUCUUAAUCCACCAAAGAGAAUAUUUAUUGCAGCUGGAGUUAAGGCAAUCAUGUACUUUAGUAUUUUUGUAACACUUCCCCUCUGUAAAGUCACUUUAAAGCACAAAUAAAAUGUUUUUGUGAG